AUGGGCUGCGCCCUAUGCCGACGGCGCCGCAGCGCGCGGGUGUGCGAUGGGCAGCUCUCGCUGAGCACGUGGACGCAGCAGAUGGCAGCGGAUGAGCGACCCGGCGGGCAUUUGAACUGGCAGAAGGCACAAAGCAGCCGUUCGCCAGUCCAAGACUUUGUGAUCAAUCCUUUGCUGCAACCGCCGAGUGGAGAAACUUGGGUUUCAAGCCCCUCAGUGCUGGAAAUUGAUGGCUAUGUGCAUUUGUGGGUGAGCAUUUCUGCAGGUAUCGUUCAUUUCGUGUCCACCAAUGGCCUUUCGGAUUGGCGUGUCGUGGAGCUCACGGUGGAUUCGCCGGGCGCCAGCGGGCCCUGCGUGUGCUGGGCAGAGGAGGGAAGCGUCGUGUACCUCUUCUAUGAGCAAGCUGAUCGAACUGGCAGCUUUCACAGCGUGAAAGUGAAGUGCAUCUCUGCUCGGCUCCCUUCCGCGGCCUUCAGCGCAGGAGAUUGGCUUUGGAGUAGUGAAGCAGAGGUCCUCGAGCCCGAAUUAGAGUGGGAGAAGGUGCAGAUCGCUCGCGUGGGGCACCCCUUCGUCAUCUACAGCAGCUUCCGGGACCAGUGGUUGCUUUUCUAUUCGGCCUCGGUGUCGCGACGAGACUCAAAAAACUUGGGUGCUGGCCCACUCUAUGUGGGCGUGGCGGCGGCUGGGGAGGUGCAAGGCCCCUACCGGCGAGUGCUGGAGAAGAAGCCGAUGAUGGGGACAGCUGACGGGAGUCCACAGGUGGUGGGCGCGGGUUCUUUCAAGAUGAUCAAGGGCUUUGAUGAUCUGAAGUUCGAUGAUGAGGCUGGAAUAGGGCGGCGCCUCUUAGGGCUCUGGAAUCGCAUCACGCGCGGCCACAACGGAGUCAUCGGUUCCAGCAUUGCCUUGAUGGCGAGUGUCGAUGGCUUCUCCUGGUCGGUGAUUGAUGCCGAUUUUUUGGCGCCCACUCUUCAACCUGGCAGCUGGAAGAAAGCGCAUGUCCAUGCCUUUGACACAAUGAUCCCCUCAUUUGAUCCGGACCAUGUUUUCAUUUACUAUGAUGCCAGAGAUGACUACAAGUCCUCCAAGGAGUGUGUGGGCGUGUCACGAGUACCGAUCACCUUCCUUGACUCGAUCGCCAGCACCACUGCCACACGUGUGGGUGCCUGAGGUACUGUGAGGCGCAGUGGGGGAAUUGUAAGGGAUCGUUUCUUUUUGGUUCGGCGCAGAUCCAAAGAAUGAGACCAGACCCGUCCUUUGUGAGCCAUUGCCACGGCCAUUUUGUGGUAGAUCCGAGAGGUGAUGAUUGCACACCUCCCGAUAUGCCAACAGAAUUCUGAUCUUGGAUUUCAGCGACAAAUCUGGC